AUGAAGCAAAUUGUCUACAUGUUUUCGGAGGAAAUGUUGUAUGCAGCGCCUGCUCCUUCUUCUCCCGGCCGACCACCGACUUCUCCCCCUCCUGGCCGAGCCCGACUUCUCCCCCUCCCGGCCGACCACCGACUUCUCCCCCACCCGGCUGAGCCCAGGUUCUCCCCCUCCCGGCCGACCACCGACUUCUCCCCCUCCCGGCCGAGCCCAGGUUCUCCCCCUCCCGGCCGACCACCGACUUCUCCCCCUCCCGGCCGACCACCGACUUCUCCCCCUCCUGGCCGAGCCCGACUUCUCCCCCUCCCGGCCAACCACCGACUUCUCCCCCUCCCGGCCGACCACCGACUUCUGCCUCUCCCGGCCGACCACCGACUUCUCCCCCUCCCGGCCGAGCCCAGGUUCUCCCCCUCCCGGCCGACCACCGACUUCUCCCCCUCCCGGCCGACCACCGACUUCUCCCCCUCCCAGCCGACCACCGACUUGUCCCCCUCCCGGCCGAGCCCAGGUUCUCCCCCUCCCGGCCGACCACCGACUUCUCCCCCUCCCGGCCGAGCCCGGGUUCUCCCCCUCCCGGCCGACCACCGACUGCUCCCCCUCCCGGCCGACCACAGACUUCUCCCCCUCCCGGCCGAGCCCGGGUUCUCCCCCUCCCGGCCGAGCCCAGGUUCUCCCCCUCCCGGCCGACCACCGACUUCUCCCCCUCCCGGCCGACCACCGACUUCUCCCCCUCCCGGCCGACCACCGACUUCUCCCCCUCCCGGCCGACCACCGACUUCUCCCCCUCCCGGCCGACCACCGACUUCUCCCCCUCCCGGCCGAGCCCGGGUUCUCCCCCUCCCGGCCGACCACCGACUUCUCCCCCUCCCGGCCGACCACCGACUUCUCCCCCUCCCGGCCGACCACCGACUGCUCCCCCUCCCGGCCGACCACCGACUUCUCCCCCUCCCGGCCGAGCCCGGGUUCUCCCCCUCCCGGCCGAGCACCGACUUCUCCCCCUCCCGGCCGAGCACCGACUUCUCCCCCUCCCGGCCGACCACCGACUUCUCCCCCUCCCGGCCGACCACCGACUUCUCCCCCUCCCGGCCGAGCCCGGGUUCCCCCCCUCCCGGCCGACCACCGACUUCUCCCCCUCCCGGCCGACCACCGACUUCUCCCCCUCCCGGCCGAGCCCGGGUUCUCCCCCUCCCGGCCCACCACCGACUUCUCCCCCUCCCGGCCGACCACCGACUUCUCCCCCUCCCGGCCGAGCCCGGGUUCUCCCCCUCCCGGCUGACCACCGGGUUCUCCCCCUCCCGGCCGAGCCCGGGUUCUCCCCCUCCCGGUCGACCACCGACUUGUCCCCCUCCCGGCCGACCACCGACUUCUCCCCCUCCCGGCCGACCACCGACUUCUCCCCCUCCCAGCCGAGCCCGGGUUCUCCCCCUCCCAGCCGAGCCCGGGUUCUCCCCCUCCCGGCCGACCACCGACUUUUCCCCCUCCCGGCCGACCACCGACUUCUCCCCCUCCCAGCCGAGCCCGGGUUCUCCCCCUCCCAGCCGAGCCCGGGUUCUCCCCCUCCCGGCCGAGCCCAGGUUCUCCCCCUCCCGGCCGACCACCGACUUCUCCCCCUCCUGGCCGAGCCCAGGUUCUCCCCCUCCCGGCCGACCACCGACUUCUCCCCCUCCCGGCCGAGCCCGGGUUCUCCCCCUCCCGGCCGACCACCGACUUCUCCCCCUCCCGGCCGACCACCGACUUCUCCCCCUCCCGGCCGAGCCCGGGUUCUCCCCCUCCCGGCCGACCACCGACUUCUCCCCCUCCCGGCCGACCACCGACUUCUCCCCCUCCCGGCCGAGCCCGGGUUCUCCCCCUCCCGGCCGACCACCGACUUCUCCCCCUCCCGGCCGAGCCCGGGUUCUCCCCCUCCCGGUCGACCACCGACUUGUCCCCCUCCCGGCCGACCACCGACUUCUCCCCCUCCCGGCCGACCACCGACUUCUCCCCCUCCCGGCCGAGCCCGGUUUCUCCCCCUCCCGGCCGACCACCGACUUCUCCCCCUCCCGGCCGACCACCGACUUCUCCCCCUCCCGGCCGACCACCGACUUCUCCCCCUCCCGGCCGAGCCCGGGUUCUCCCCCUCCCGGCCGACCACCGACUUCUCCCCCUCCCGGCCGACCACCGACUUCUCCCCCUCCUGGCCGAGCCCGGGUUCUCCCCCUCCUGGCCGACCACCGACUUCUCCCCCUCCCGGCCGACCACCGACUUGUCCCCCUCCCGGCCGAGCACCGACUUCUCCCCCUCCCGGCCGACCACCGACUUCUCCCCCUCCCGGCCGAGCCCGGGUUCUCCCCCUCCCGGCCGAGCACCGACUUCUCCCCCUCCCGGCUGAGCCCGGGUUCUCCCCCUCCCGGCCGAGCCCGUGUUCUCCCCCUCCCGGCCGAGCCCGGGUUCUCCCCCUCCCGGCCGACCACCGACUUCUCCCCCUCCCGGCCGACCACCAACUUCUCCCCCUCCCAGCCGAGCCCGGGUUCUCCCCCUCCCGGCCGACCACCGACUUCUGCCCCUCCCGGCCGACCACCGACUUCUCCCCCUCCCGGCCGAGCCCAGGUUCUCCCCCUCCCGGCCGACCACCGACUUCUCCCCCUCCCGGCCGAGCCCGGGUUCUCCCCCUCCCGGCCGACCACCAACUUCUCCCCCUCCCGGCCGACCACCGACUUCUCCCCCUCCCGGCCGACCACCGACUUCUCCCCCUCCCGGCCGAGCCCGGGUUCUCCCCCUCCCGGCCGACCACCAACUUCUCCCCCUCCCGGCCGAGCCCAGUUUCUCCCCCUCCCGGCCGACCACCGACUUCUCCCCCUCCCGGCCGAGCCUGGGUUCUCCCCCUUCCGGCCGACCACCGACUUCUCCCCCUCCCGGCUGACCACCGACUUCUCCCCCUCCCGGCCGAGCCCAGGUUCUCCCCCUCCCGGCCGAGCCCGUGUUCUCCCCCUCCCGGCCGAGCCCAGUUUCUCCCCCUCCCGGCCGACCACCGACUUCUCCCCCUCCCGGCCGAGCCCGGGUUCUCCCCCUCCCGGCCGACCACCGACUUCUCCCCCUCCCGGCCGACCACCGACUUCUCCCCCUCCCGGCCGAGCCCGGGUUCUCCCCCUCCCGGCCGAGCACCGACUUCUCCCCCUCCCGACCGAGCACCGACUUCUCCCCCUCCCGGCCGACCACCGACUUCUCCCCCUCCCGGCCGAGCCCAGGUUCUCCCCCUCCCGGCCGAGCCCAGGUUCUCCCCCUCCCGGCCGAGCCCGUGUUCUCCCCCUCCCGGCCGAGCCCAGUUUCUCCCCCUCCCGGCCGACCACCGACUUCUCCCCCUCCCGGCCGACCACCGACUUCUCCCCCUCCCGGCCGACCACCGACUUCUCCCCCUCCUGGCCGAGCCCAGGUUCUCCCCCUCCCGGCCGACCACCGACUUCUCCCCCUCCCAGCCGAGCCUGGGUUCUCCCCCUCCCGGCCGAGCCCGUGUUCUCCCCCUCCCGGCCGACCACCGACUUCUCCCCCUCCCGGCCGACCACCGACUUCUCCCCCUCCCGGCCGAAGGAGCUGUGGAGAGCACUUUAUCUGGCAGCAUCACCGUCUGGUCUGGCGAGGUCACUGCAUACGAUUGGAAAGAAGCUGCAGAAAAUUGCAAACUCAGCCAGCUCCAUCGGGGGCAAUCACCUCCCCAGCGCCCAGGACAUCUUCAAAAGCCCGUUGUUCCGGCUGGUCCAGAUCCCUCUGCGAGCUCUAAUAGUCUUCCUUGCCGUCCACUACACCCCCAGUCUUGGUGUCAUCUGCAAACGUGCUGAUCCAGCUUACUACACCAUCAUCUAG